UGCCACCAGGAAUCUAUGGGGAAAGCUGUGAAGAAUAAAGUGGCAAAAGCUGUUGUACCUGCUAUUGAUGUUAUGUUUCAAGCACUUAGUGAAUUCGGAGCUAAGGUUGUACCACCCAAAAAGAUUCUAAAGAUGCUUCCUGAGCUAUUUGAUCAUCCAGAUCAGAACGUUCGGGCUUCUUCCAAGGGUUUGACGCUUGAACUUUGUCGAUGGAUUGGCAAGGAGCCUGUUAAGUCAAUUUUGUUCGAGAAAAUGAGAGAUACAAUGAAAAAAGAAUUGGAAGCAGAACUAUCAAACGUUUCGGGGAUUGCUAGGCCAACUCGCAAGAUAAGGUCAACAUUUUUGAAGAACAUGUCUGCUUGAUACAUUUUAGCUACACAAUUUCUGAAUAACUUUGGAAAAUAAACAUCUAAAUUCUAGGUCCAGGCUGUAAUGCUGUGUUGUGACUCUACAUGAAACUAUGAUAAAAUGGCAGACAUUCAUAAUAAUAUGAUAAAAGUCUACUGCAGUUCCCAGCAUCUGAUACAACUUUGAUCUAUGUUUUGUUUAUCACAAUGUACUGGAUAUCUCUUUUUAUCAUGCAUUAAUAGUGAGUAGAGAUGAACAAACUUCAUAUUUACAAGGAAAAUGUCCAUUUUACUCCUCACAAGUGUUGCAAUGGUUUGGAUAAAUCUGCAUAAACAAAAAUGAGAAAACAUGUGGUCGUAGAACUGCAUUGCAUACGCACACACGUCACAAGAAUGUCUGGGUGAAGACCUGAGAGAGCCUUAUGUAAAGGGAGAGAUGAUGCUUACGAUGCAGGGGAGCCCUGGGUGUGUGAGGAUGUAGGCGUAGCCCUGCAUGACCUUGUCGGCCGGGAUCGGCCACAGCCCCUGCGUCGACCCGGUGUCGUGGUUGUCCACGAACUUGACGGCCUUCUCCGGCAGCCACCCGAUCAUGCCGGCCACCUUCCCAGCGCCGUCGCUCAGGCGCCACAGCUCGCCCUGCACGCCCGCCUGCAGCACCCCCUUGGUGGCGAGAGAAAAGCGAGGGGAAGAUGCACCGACCUGGAUCUUUGUCCUCGUCGCCUCCGGUUGUCGCCGGCGCGGAUCUGCCCAGC